GCUGGUGGCGGUAAUGCGCCAUUAACAUCGGAUGCCAAACGCCUUUAAACCCCAUUGAAGGGGAAGUUUUAUUUUUCAACUGCUGUGUUUGCUCACAAGAAGGCAGUGAAUAGCGACAUCAAUCAUAAAACGUCAUCAUUAUGAGACCGACCAUCGUAUGUUAUUUUUUUACUUUUUUUCGACCAUCAUAUGUCGUCCAUUCAAGUUGUGUUCACUACUUGUAAUUUGAUGAUUAUCCAUUAUUUGCCUGCUAAUUCGGCACAAUAGUAAUAUAGAAGCAUAUUAAACAAUAGUUGGAACGUGUCUGAAAGGGUUUGUGGUGCUACUUUGUGUGGUUGUUCAGCAGAGUUUUACGUUGCCAUGGCGACUCCAGGGGGACAGGGGGGAGGGGCGUUGUCUACAAGAGGAGGAGCUAGGAGGAUGAAAUGGGCUUUGGAGCUGACAUUGGGCAAUGCCAGGGGUCGUGGUGACAGACAGAGUAACCAGGGAGAUGUGAUGUAUCCAAUUGGCUAUUCAGACAAACCAGUCCCAGACACCAGCAUCCAGGAAUCAGACAAAAAUCUGGUGGAGAAGCGUUGCUGGGACGUAGCUCUGGGGCCUCUGAAGCAGAUUCCUAUGAAUCUAGUCAUUAUGUACAUGUCUGGUAACACCAUAUCCAUCUUCCCCAUCAUGAUGGUCUGUAUGAUGGCCUGGAGGCCCAUCCAGGCUCUCAUGUCCAUGUCUGCCACAUUCAAGCUGUUGGAGAACUCUAACCAGCAGUGGCUUCAGGGGCUGGUCUAUUCUGUAGGAAACCUGCUUGGCUCGGCAUUGGCUAUCUACAAGUGUCAAUCAAUGGGGCUUCUCCCAACGCACUCUUCUGAUUGGCUCGCUUUCAUUGAACCGCCUGUGAGAAUGGAGAUUAUGGGUGGAGGGAUGGUGUUGUGAAGAGGACAGAUGCGCGUGCACACUGAAAUAUGCUCAACUAUUAAUUAUGAAUACAUGAAUUCUCUUCCAAGUCUCUGGCUUUUAGGUUUUUGUCAAAUCCCUCAAGGUUUGUAUUGAUCCCUACACUUUGUUUCUGUUCAUUUGUGGGUUUUUAUUGCAAUUUUCACAGGUGAUCAAACGUUACAACUGAUAAUAUUAGGGGGCAAACCACAUCCAUCAUCCUACUAAAUCCACAUUAGGUUUAAUUAAGAUGUCACCAUAACACGUUUUUCAUUUCAACUUUUUGUCAAAUAAAAGGGUCAAAAAACAAA